AGGGAAAAUACAUUUUUCGUGACGCUGGACGGGAAACUUUUACCCCUUUAUUCACACUGGCUGCCAGAUUGCUCAAUCACCCCUUUAAAACUGUGCAAACCGGUGAGAACUUCGGACGCGGUGUUGGUAACACGUUGCGUGGAAGGAAACAGGAUUCUGUACAGACAAAUCAUCAGCACCACGUGAACGCGUGCGCGCACGAGCCGGCACUCCCCCCGGUAGCACGCGCAGCAGCAGCAGCCUCCUGGGACUGUAUAAAAGCCCUCGGUCACCGUUUAGGGAGCACGGAGGAAGCUCAACCUCUCAGGUGUAUCUGUCUGUCCAACUACCAUGAAGGCCGUAGCUCUGAUCCUUGCUUUGGCAGUCAUCACUGGCUGCAAUGCCCGUGCUGUGCGCCAGGCAGAUGCCACCCCAAACCGCUGGGAGGAAUCUGUGGAUCGUUUCUGGCAGUAUGUCUCUGAACUGAACCAACAAGCCGAUGGAGUUGUGGAGACCCUCAAGACCUCUCAGCUCACCAGAGAGCUAGACACUCUGAUCACCGACACCAUGGCAGAGCUGACAGUAUACAAAGAUGAAAUCCAGACCAAGGUCACUGAGGCCUCCACUGGCCAGCUGUCCGAGGACCUGCAGCUUCUGGCCAACAAACUGCAAAAGGACAUGCUUGAUGCCAAGGAGCGCAGCACUGAGUAUCUGGGUGAGCUCAAGACCAUGAUGGAGCAGAACACCGAUGAUGUCCGCAGCCGCAUCAGCACCUACACCCACAAGCUGAAGAAACGCCUGAACAAGGACACUGAGGAGAUCCGCAACACUGUGGCCACCUACUUGGGUGAGCUCCAGUCCCGCACCUCCCAGAACCUGGAUGCUGUGAAGGAGCGCGUUGAGCCCUACGUCAAUCAGGCCAGUGACACAGCCACCAAGAAGCUGUCCGACAUCUCUGUCAUGCUGAAGAGCCAGGCUGAGGGUCUGGGCCAGCAGCUGGAGACCCAGGCUGAGGGCCUGAAGACCCAACUGGAGGCCACUGCCCAGGACCUGCGCACCUCCCUGGAAGGCAAGAUCGACGAGCUGACCGAGUUGUUCUCCCCCUAUGCCACCCAGAUUCGUGAGCAGGUUGAGAGCAUCAUAGACAAGGUCAAGGAGACCGCCAGUGCCUAAAGACUCUGAGGGUUUUUUAAAGGGUUUUAGAUGGUUUUUGGUCCACUGUUUGUUAUAGAAAGAGGGAGGUAUAAACCACUGAUUUCUUAAUACCCUGGAAAAGAGAGGGGAAGUGGGAGUUGAGAGUUACUGACAAUAUCUUCAUUUGGGUGCUCUAGUGUUCAGUUUAAGGGAGUUGGUGAGAGGAAGGAGGCAGGGUGAAGUGCAUCGUUUAUAGAACAGUCAGCAGAUAAACUUAUGUUUGAGUUCUAUCUUCUGCAUAUUCAACCUCUCUUCUUCUCCUAUCAUCUCCCUUGAUUACUGAAGACAAGAGCCACAGCCAACAACAGCCUUUACUACAUAAACAACACAGACAAUUAUUUGUAAUAUGCUUCUCUUUUCUACUUUUUAAUUAACUGCUCUAGCUGUCUACACCCCCCAAGGUUUUUGUACUGAGUUUCCUACAUUUUGUUUGGUUGUAAAUAUAACUGCUGAAUUUGAGCCUCAUAGGCAAGAGUUUCCAGCCUGCAUCAUCCCUAAAUGCACCAAACACAAGAGUCUUUCAUUUCAAUAAAUGCACUGAAUGAUGUCAAAAGAUGAGGGCACACACAGUUAUGUGUCUACUACUUUUUCAAACGGUGACAUUGGACCACUAAAGUGUCCUUCUGUAUUGUCUGCAUUUCCUGUUGUUAUGCUUCACAGGGAAGUGGAAUGUAAAAUGACUUGAUGCAGUUAUGACAAUCAGUAAGUUGUAAAGUGUAAAUGCCGCCUGUCUGUGUUCUUCAGUCUGACUAGAGUGUCCCUUGUGUUUCACAUGUCAUAUGCCGACCAUGCUGCUCGCUAAAGUGUGCUGCUUGUGGUUGCAGCUGAACUGUGCUGAGUGAAUAAAGAACCCAAAAAAAGA